UAUAUAUGAAAAAUGGAAUAUGCUUUUCUUGUAAAUUCUCCGGCAAUGAGCCCAAAUGAAUCUAUCCUCCAUUACUGGUUCCUCUGCCUUCCAACUCCCCUUGCUUCCAAUCCCCCAUUCUCACCCCUCCAGAAGUUGUGGGCUGGUCGAGAAUUUGGCCAUUGAAUGUCAGAGCUUGAGCUAUUCAGUCACCACAAAGCAGGGGAAGUCGAAACCAAUUCUUAAAGAUUGCUCCCUUAGCAUUCCUUCCGGGCAGCUUUGGAUGCUUCUUGGUCCUAAUGGCUCUGGAAAAUCUACCCUCUUGAAAAUUUUGGCUGGUUUGUUGACUCCAAGUGAAGGGUUCUUGCGUGUGAAAAAGCCUAGGGGUUUUGUGUUUCAGAAUCCUGACCAUCAGGUGGUGAUGCCUACUGUCAAAGAUGAUGUGGCAUUUGGUCUAAGUAGAUUUAACUUAACCCAUGAUGAGAUUACAUCCAGAGUUGAAAAGGCAUUGGACGCUGUUGGCAUGUAUGAAUACUUGCAAAGACCAGUUCAAACUCUUAGUGGUGGUCAGAAACAAAGAGUUGCUAUUGCUGGAGCUUUGGCAGAGAAAUGUAAAGUAUUGUUACUUGAUGAGUUAACUACAUUUCUGGAUGAUACCGAUCAGGUUGGGGUGAUAAAAGCUGUUAAAAGCACCUUGGCUAGUUCAGAAGGAAUUACAGCUUUAUGGGUAACCCAUCGUUUGGAAGAACUCGAGUAUGCAGAGGGAGCUGUUUAUAUGGAAGAGGGGCACGUUGUAAUGCACGGUGAUCCUUCCACCAUAAGGGGUUUUAUUGAAGCUAGACAAGCUGCUUACAUCAAACAAAUAUAUUCUUGAUCAAAUGCAUGCAAUUUUGUAACCAAUCCAUCUGUCUGGAUUACUUUUAUAGUAGUUUUUAUGUUGCAAGCAUUUUAUUUUGUUUUCUACCUCCCAUGUUUCGUUUCUUUCGCUUCUUCUCUCCUCAGACCUCCCUUUUUUUUUUGGUUACCUGUUUCAAUUUCCUUGUCUUUCUCUUUCUGCAAAUGCAUCAAUUCACUUGGCAGUGUUCUACCCACAAGGGAAGUUUCAUUAAAGAUUCUGGGCUUUGAAUUGUGAACA